GUCAGAACUGUCGGCAGAUUUUGGUUCCGCUGCAUAAAUGGCCUCGGCUGCUCACAGAGCAACAAAAGCCAAAUGAUCUGCUCCCGUUUUGGAGUCGGUAGCGAGGACAGUUGAACCUUUUUGUAAGGCACUGGCUGGGGAAAGUGGGGAGUUUGUUACGGUACUUGGAGGGGUGACGAGGCUGACGGAUAAUGCCACAUUGCCUGUGGUCAGAGCCGUUGUCACCCGCACAACUAAAGCGGCUGGAGGAGCAUAAGUACAGCGCCUCGGGUCGCUCCCUGUUCGAGCCUCCGUGCCAGGUCUAUUGGAACUGGCUGGUCCUACAGAUACCGACAUGGGUCGCACCAAACACGCUGACUAUUGUUGGACUCUUGGUAAACAUCCUGACCACGAUGGUGUUGGUGUGGUACUGUCCCACGGCAACGGAGGAGGCUCCAUCAUGGACCUUCAUCCUGUCUGCUCUGGGCCUCUUCAUUUAUCAGUCUCUGGAUGCUAUUGAUGGGAAACAGGCCAGGAGGACAAACAGCAGCUCACCCCUCGGGGAACUGUUCGACCACGGUUGUGACGCCGUCUCCACAGUCUUUGUUGCUGUGGGAACUUGCGUUGCUUGCGGAAUUGGACAAUACUCAAACUGGAUGUUCUUCUGUGGUUUCAUCGGGAUGUUUAUGUUCUUCUGUGCCCACUGGCAGACCUAUGUAUCCGGGACCCUCCGCUUUGGGCUGGUCGACGUCACAGAGGUGCAGGUUGCCAUCACCAUCAUGUACCUGAUGUCCGCUUUUGGAGGCGUGAGCCUUUGGCACACUGUGUUGCCUGUUAUAGGAGUGCCGCUGUAUGUUUUCCCCAUUAUGGGCAUCGUCGGAGGCGCCUUGUACUCCUGCUACAACUACUUCUAUGUGAUUCUGAAUGGAGGCGUUGGAAAGAAUGGCUCCACUGUGGCUGAUACCAGCGUCCUGACACCUGGUCUACACAUCGGCCUUGUCCUCACCCUUGCCUUCAUCAUUUUCAAGAAGUCAUCCAGCCAUUUGUUUGAGCACCAUCCCUGUCUGUACCUGCUAACCUUCGGCACGGUCAUCGCCAAGAUCUCCAACAAGCUGGUGAUAGCGCACAUGACCAGGAGCGAGUUACAUCUUCCAGACCCAGCCUUCAUCGGGCCUGGCCUCCUCUUCCUCAAUCAGUACUUUAACAGCUUCAUUGAUGAACACAUAGUGCUCUGGGUCGCCAUGGUGUUUUCUCUCCUGGAUCUGACACGAUACUGCACAGGCGUGUGCCUCCAGAUCGCCUCCCACCUACGCAUCAGAGUCUUCAGCAUCACACCGCAGAGCAACACCCACCAGGACUGAUGGCUUGCCCGGCGGGAGGAGGCGGGAGGAGACGCAGAUCUCUCCCCGCUCCUGAAAGCAGACAACGACCAACACGACGAGGGAAGACCUUCGACCCAGAGCCACUGCAGCCUUGACAAAGUAACCACCUCUGAUUAAAAACUGCCUCACUAAAAAAAAGAAACAAAAUAACCAACCCAACAUUGCAAACCAAAAGCAAAAAAAAACUGGCUUGAGAGGAUAUUUAAUGGGGAAAAAAGUAGGAAGAAGUUGUUUAAAAUUCUUACUGCUAAAACAAAUCUAAUUUAACUUAAAAACUGGUGCAUGCCGUCAUGAAAAAGAUAGAUUUCUAUAAACAAAACCAAAAUACCAAAUGUUUUUUUUUAUAUCAAAUCAUUUGUUUUUAAUUUAAAGUAUGACUAACAGUUUGACAUAUUUUAAUUCUCCACAGAUUAGACACUGAAGCCAAACAUUUCUUUCUUUUAAUUUCCCUUUAGGAUUAAUAGUAUUUUUGAAUUGAAUAUAUUCCCAAAUUAAAUAGAUUGGCCAAUGAAUCUCCUUUUAAAAACAUAACCCAUUGCCUUUUUAUUUAAUGUCUCAAUGUGACACAAAUCAGAGCUUUAAAACUUUUAUAUUUAAAUAUCUCAAUUGAAUUGAAGUCUCUAAUACGAAGAGGCUGGUUGUCAAAGAGCUCCGUGAAGGGGUAAGAGUCACGUGUCGAGGCUAAAAAUGACGACAGGUCCUCUUGAGGUUCAUCCACAAGCAUCUCUCUCUUUAAAGAGAAAUUACUUUCAUUGCGUUAAUUAAUAAAACAUCCAUACUCUGGUUUUUAGAGUGCCGUCGACUCAGCAUCAACACCCGACUCGUUCUGCUUUCUCAUUUCUUCUCCCUAAAGGGCUGAUACGUAAUUAUGUAUGAUUGUACAGAAGUCAACUGAAUACGCCUUAAAUAUUUCUGUUUGUAAUUACUGUUUAACUUGUAUUUAAAGCAGAUUUGUACGUUUUUUUGUUUGUUUUUUUUCUCACUAAAGUUUACCAGUUAAAGCAAUAGUUACAAUAUCACAACUCUACUGGAAGAUUGUUUUGGUUUUAACUGUUCACCUACAAGUGAAUUUCACUCUUGUGUGUUUUGUUUGGUAAAGUGAUUAUUAGUAAUUGUACAUUGAUUGAUUAUCAUGGAGAUGUUAUACUUUGAGACAUAAUUUAGGUACGUCGGGAUCAUAAGGGAUUUCUCUAGAGGCAGUAAAAUGUCCUUUGUGCCCCCUAAUAAGGAGGUGUGGUAUUAACACACGAUUCUGCAUAAUUUCCAGCUGAAUGUUUGAACUAUGCAUUGACAUGUAAUUUGAUUCCAAUCACCUCAUUGUACUGUUCAUUAAUACAGUUAGGCAUUUCUAAUACUGGUGUGAAUGAAAAGAUUGUAAUAAAGAUCAUAUUUUUCAUCGUU